CUGCUGUGAACCACAGGUCAAUGUGAAAGGCUCAGGCAAUGGUGAGAGCUACCAGAAGUGAUUGUCUCAUCUAGAAGGAGAUAAAGAGUCUCUUGUGUUACAGGUGAGUUUGUUGACAGAUCAGGUGGACGCUCAGGGAGAGAAGAUUAGAGACCUGAAUAAUUCUCUUGAGGAAUAUCAACACAAGCUCAGCUCUACAGAUGAGAUGCUUCAACAGGAGCUUCUGAACAGGAGUUCUCGGGUGUCACAGAAGCUAGGAUUGAUGGGGGAAGUGUCUUGUCUAAAACAGAAGCUGGGGAACAUGGAGGAGGAACACAUUAACAGUGCUGAGAGACAACAUAAAGCUGAGAGUGUAGUGAAUCUGAUUAGUGAGCUUCAGGAGCAGAUGUGUAGGAUUCGGCAAGAGAUCUCUAGUAAGAUCCAAGAGAAGCCAGCGGAGAUGGUCCCAGAAGAAGGUUGUGGCAGUGAGCCAGCGAUUGCCUAUCUGACUGAGCCAAAGCCAGUGAACCUGUAUGAGGAGCUCAAGAUGCUCAAGCAUCGAGUUAACGAGCUGGAACAGGAGAAGAUACAGUAUGUUCAGAAGCUCAAGGUUACACAGGCAGAGUUCAUGAGUUUACAACAGCUGUUGAGCUGUAAGAACUCUGAGAUAGAAAGUUUACGGGCUCAACUGAUCUGCAGAGCUCCGGUGUCUUUAGACAGCACAGAAAGAGAUCAGGAGCUACAGAGGUUAAACACAAGAAUGGAUUCACUUAUUGCCGCAAAUCAUGUAAAGGAUCGUCGAAUAGAAGAGCUCACUCUCCUCCUGAGUCAGUUCAGACAGACGAAUGACAUCAUGACUUUAGUUCAAGGCCCUGAAUACAAAUCAGUACAGAUCAGCAACGAUGAAGAUAUAAAGCAGAACGAGACUGUAAAGACGAAGACUGUAAUACACAAAUCUCACUCUGAGUUGACCUUUAGUAGCUCAACACCUCUACUGUCAUCUUCAGUUUCUUCUCAGAAAGAUGAAAACUCCAGGUCCGUGAGUGUGGAAGACUUUAAAGGCAGCUCAGCACAAAAGAGUCAACCUGCUGAUAAUAGACAUCUGACCCUCCCAACAAUGCUGAGUCACCCAGAGAAGAGAGAGCGUGAUAUGAGUGACAUAUCAGACCAGAGGACCCCAGAAAACAAGGAUGGAGACAUCAACCUUAGAAUUACAGAGAAAAUAAAGGACACAACCAGUUCUGAUCUUUCUUCAGUGUCUUCAGGAGUCGACUCUGGCCAGCAGUCUCCCGUGUUACAAGAAAACAUCAAAAAUAGCAGCAUACGCAAACUUUGGGGAAAGAUGAAGAGGCCAGGUGUGCUUUCAGAUGACAUUGAGCCCAUUCAGUUCAAGAGAGGAGGCUUCAGGGCCACAGCUGGGCCUCGUCUAACACGGGCCCCUGAUUCUGGACGCUCAUCCCGUGCACACACAUCUUUCUCUAAGUGGACGACAGAGCAGGUGUGUGGUUGGCUGGAGGACAGUGGUUUGGGGCAGUAUGUCAGUUUGGCCCGUCAGUGGGUGGACAGUGGACAAACCCUUCUCUCUGCCACUCCACGGGACCUUGAGAAGGAGAUUUGUAUUAAACAUCCUCUGCACAGAAAAAAGCUGCAACUGGCUCUCAGAGCUUUUAGUAACAAGACAAUGGAGAAAUCUUCAGAACUGGAUCACAUCUGGGUUACACACUGGCUUGAUGACAUCGGUUUACCACAGUACAAAGAUCAGUUCUAUGAAAGCAAGGUUGAUGGCCGCAUGCUACAGUACCUAACAGUGAAUGAUCUCUUAUUCCUGAAAGUCACCAGUCAACUCCAUCAUCUGAGCAUUAAAUGUGCCAUCCAUGUCCUCCACGUUAACAAAUUUAACCCAAACUGCUUGAGACGCAGGCCAGGGGAUGAGAAUAAGACAUCUCCAUCUGAGGUGGUGCAGUGGUCCAACCAUCGUGUGAUGGAGUGGUUGAGAUCAGUGGAUUUGGCUGAAUAUGCUCCAAACCUGAGAGGCAGCGGUGUUCAUGGAGGCCUAAUUAUCCUGGAGCCUCGCUUUCAUUCUGAGACCUUGGCCAUGCUGCUAAACAUCCCUCCACAGAAGACCCUCCUAAGACGCCACCUCACCACUAACUUUAACACACUGGUGGGACCUCAGGCCCAGCAGGAGAAACAGGAAUUUGCAAACGCCAGUGGGCAUGCACCCCUUACCACCACUGCCAAAGUCAGGCCAAAGAAGCUUGGUUUUACUAAUUUCCGACAACUAAGAAAGCUCAGGAUGGAUGAAUCAGCUGAUUAUAUCUGCCCCAUGGAUACAUGGAAACCACCAGCCAUGAAUGGAACACCAAAGCGGCCAUAUGGAAGUUUCAGGGGGAUCAGCCCCAUCCUGGCCAGAGAUUCAGACAGUCUGGAGCAAGUUGGGUCUAAAAACUGAUUCAAUGCUUCUUCAAUUGAGCCAUUCUUAGCCAAACAAUGACAUACUGCCAGCACUGCUGUAACUCCACUCUGCUGCUUGAAAAACAUCAGCAUUAACACCAUCAGGAGAAGCCCAGAACUGAUUCUUCAUUGUAUCAUCUGGGAAUGCUGGAAAUGACUGACCAUGGGCUCUGAAAAGCAUGGGUAUUUUAUUUUAUUUUAUUUUAUUUUAAAAUAGAAUAGGUAGUUCCAAUGCUGAGAUACCACUUUGACACUUGAUUUGAGUUUCUUGAUUUUAUUACUUUUAAUAAAUCAUUUAUA